AUGAGUUCCCAAUUCAUCACUCUACGCCCCGCACCAAUUCCCAACAACACAAACCCAGAGUCCAGAAAAAACCCAACAGCAAUCCCUCUGUACCAAAGAAUCUACGUCCCUUCCCAUGUCUACAGACACCCUUCAGCCAUACUCUUAGAACUCUGCACUUCCCUCAAAGAGCUUCACCAAAUCCUUCCCCUUAUCAUCAAAAACGGUUUCUACAACGAGCACUUCUUCCAGACCAAGCUCAUCAGCUUGUUCUGCAAGUUCAGCAGCAUUACUGAAGCUGCACGUGUCUUUGAGCCUGUGGAGCACAAGCUCGACGUGAUUUACCACACCAUGCUCAAAGGGUACGCGAAAAACUCUGUUUUACAUGAUGCCCUGAAGUUUUAUGGUAGGAUGAGGUAUGAUGAGGUUAGUCCUGUGGUGUAUGACUUCACCUACUUGUUACAGCUGUGUGGUGAGAGUUUGGACCUCAGGAGGGGGAGGGAGGUUCAUGGGAUGGUCAUAACUAAUGGGUUUCAGUCCAAUUUGUUUGCCAUGACUUCUGUGGUGAAUUUGUAUGCCAAGUGCAGGCAAAUCGAAGAUGCGUACAAGAUGUUUGAGAGAAUGCCGCAGAGGGACUUGGUUUCAUGGAACACGGUGGUGGCGGGGUAUGCACAGAAUGGAUUUGCCAGGAGGGCUGUGCAGCUGGUUUUGCAGAUGCAGGAGGCUGGCCAGAAGCCAGAUUCCAUCACGUUGGUCACUGUUUUGCCAGCUGUGGCAGAUGUCAAGGCUUUGAGGAUUGGAAAGUCUGUUCAUGGUUAUGCUUUCAGAGCUGGGUUUGAGUCUAUGGUUAAUGUUGCCACGGCGAUGCUGGAUAUGUAUUUCAAAUGUGGGUCUGUAAGGAAUGCGAGGUUGUUGUUUAAGGGAAUGAAUAGCAGGAAUGUUGUUUCGUGGAAUACGGUGAUUAAUGGUUAUGAGCAGAAUGGUGAAUCUGAGGAAGCGUUUGCAACGUUUUUGAAGAUGUUGGAUGAAGGGGUGGAACCAACUAAUGUUAGUAUGAUGGGGGCUUUGCAUGCUUGUGCUAAUUUAGGUGAUCUUGAACGAGGGAGAUUUGUUCAUAGAUUGUUAGAGGAAAAGAAACUUGGUUCUGACGUGUCAGUUAUGAAUUCUUUGAUAUCCAUGUAUUCAAAGUGUAAGAGGGUUGAUAUUGCGGCCUCAGUGUUUGGUAAUCUGAAACAGAAAACAAUCGUCACAUGGAAUGCCAUGCUAUUAGGUUAUGCACAGAACGGAUGUGUAAAUGAAGCUUUAAAUCUAUUCUGUGAGAUGCAAUCUCAUGACAUCAAACCCGAUUCCUUUACAUUAGUGAGCGUAAUUACUGCUCUUGCAGAUUUAUCAGUUACCCGUCAGGCUAAGUGGAUUCAUGGACUUGCUAUAAGAACUUUGAUGGACAAGAAUGUCUUUGUUUGUACAGCACUUGUUGACACAUAUGCCAAAUGUGGAGCCAUUCAAACUGCAAGAGCUCUUUUCGACAUGAUGGAAGAACGACAUGUGAUAACAUGGAAUGCAAUGAUAGAUGGAUAUGGGACACAUGGCCAUGGAAAAGAAGCACUGGAUCUCUUUGAUGAAAUGCAGGAGGGAUCUGUUAAACCAAAUGAGAUAACAUUUCUCUCUGUUAUCGCAGCUUGUAGUCACUCAGGUUUAGUGGAAGAGGGACUCUACUACUUUGAAAGCAUGAAGUUAAACUAUGGCUUGAAACCUGCGAUGGAUCACUACGGUGCCAUGGUUGAUCUCCUUGGUCGUGCCGGCAGGCUAGAUGAUGCCUGGAAAUUCAUCCAGGAUAUGCCUGUCAAACCAGGAAUUACUGUUCUAGGUGCAAUGCUAGGUGCUUGCAAAAUCCAUAAAAAUGUAGAAUUGGGCGAAAAAGUUGCAGAUGAACUAUUUGAGUUAGACCCAGAUGAGGGAGGGUAUCAUGUAUUGGUUGCCAACAUGUAUGCAUCUGCUUCAAUGUGGGAAAAGGUUGCUAGGGUGAGGACAGCCAUGGAGAAGAAAGGGAUCCAGAAAACACCAGGCUGCAGUUUGGUUGAGUUGAGAAAUGAAGUUCAUACAUUCUACUCAGGAAGUACUAAUCAUCCUCAAUCCAAGAGAAUCUAUGCUUACCUUGACACUCUUGGAGAUGAGAUCAAGGCUGCUGGGUAUGUGCCCGACACCGAUUCAAUUCAUGAUGUGGAAGAAGAUGUGAAGGAACAAUUGCUCAGUAGCCAUAGUGAGAGGCUUGCCAUUGCAUUUGGACUUCUGAAUACAAGCCAUGGAGCGACAAUACACAUUAGGAAGAAUCUAAGAGUUUGUGGUGAUUGCCAUGAAGCCACCAAGUACAUCUCACUUGUGACUGGAAGGGAAAUAAUUGUCCGUGAUUUAAGACGGUUUCAUCAUUUUAAGAAUGGAAGCUGUUCUUGUAGGGAUUACUGGUGA